GAUUCAACGUUGGUGUCGGGAAUUAUUUACUGGUCUGAACCCGCGAUCAUUGUUUAGCCGCAUGAUGUGAACGGCGCCCUCGCGCACGUGUGACCAUUUGCGUGCUGCUCCUUGUUUUUUUUUUACCAGCUGACGGGAUGGGAUGCCGCAACUAGGUCACGUUUCUUUUGUGUUUUCUGUGCCAGUUGGGUUGAGUUUGCGGUGCAAUUAUUUUGGCUUAUUUGAUAAGCAGAACGACGUAUGUGGAGUAACAUCUAACGCUUCACCGCCCUCAAAGAUAGGCCUAUUUUGUUUUGUUUUUAUUGGGGCAAAUUACGGAUUGAAUUUGGAGUGCCAGUAUUGUUGCGUCUGACACAGCCAUGGGUGACUACUCAAAAGUCAGUACGAACAGUAAGGAACGCUGUGAUGAGACAGUGGCAGGAAACGACCCUUACCCUGCGGAGAGCGAAGCACCUGACGAAAACUCUUUGAAAACACACGAGGGCAGCAGAUGGAACCGCUGCCUCUGCCGGUGUCUGUUCCCCGAUGCACCAGCGUCAGAAUACAAGAAGACACUGAAGGAACUUUGUAGACUUUCAUGGCCCCUGAUGCUGUAUCUGACAACAUCCAUGCUCUACUCAAUGACGUCCAUCAUCUUUACAGGCCACCUUGGGAAGGCAGAGAUCGUCGCAGCUUCUCUUGGGCAAUCGGUUAUUCACGUGUUCUGGAGGGCACCUAUGUUUGGGUUUGAAUCUGGAGCUGAUACACUCUUCACACAGACGUUUGGAAGCACAAACAAGAAGCGCGUUGGAAUCAUCUUACAACGGUUUCUGGUGAUGAGCAUGUUAUUGGCCGUCUGUUGUUGGGGAAUUUUACUCAACACUGAAGGUUUACUGCUGUUGUUCGGACAGGACGCACACAUUGCUAAAUUAUCAGGUGUAUAUGGCAUGAUUUACAUCGCAGCCACACCAGCAGAUUUUGUUGUCACUCUACUCAUAAAGUAUCUACAGAGCCAGGGUAUAGUGAGACCUAUAUUGAUUGUCACCAUCAUCAUGGGAGGCCUGAAUAUACUCCUCCACUUCAUUACUGUGUCGGCUCUACAGUUUGGAUUGCCGGGAGCAGUCGCAGCCCAGGUCAUCACCUUUUAUCUAGGGGCCUUCAUGAUGUCAGGCUAUAUCUACAAGUGGGGCAUUUACAAGCUUACAUGGCCUGGCUGGUCAUGGGAGUGUCUCCAAGAGUGGGGCACCAUCGUCAAGUUGUCCGUAGGUGGUAUGGGUAUCACCACCAUUGAAUGGUGGUGCUUUGAGGCUGGUUUCUUCAUUGCAGGCUUGUAUGGGAUAACGGAAGUUGGUGCCCAUGCUAUCCUGUUCAAUAUCGUGUCUAUUACGUACGGUCUGUCGAGUGGUGUUGGUAUCGGUGCAUCCAUCUUGAUUGGAAAUAGUCUCGGAGCUAAAAACCCAACCAAGGCGCGUAUCACCACUUGCCUUGCUAUCAUCAUCACAGCAAUUCUCAGCGUGAUAUACAUCGCUUUCUACUUGCCAUUGAAAGAUGUUCUUGGGUACAUCUUCACCAAAGACACUGACGUGGUCCAAUUGGCUGCGAGUAUUGUGCCAAUCAUUGCUAUCGCUGAGGUAUUCGACAGCGUAAAUGCUGCACUUUUUGGUAUUCUGCGUGGUUGUGGGUACCAGUACGUCGGAGCUGCUGUGGUCUUCAUUGGUCAAGGCGCAGGCCUCGCCCUUGGUGUGGCCUUGAUGUUUACUUAUGACAAGGGUUUGAAAGGUUUAUGGUUUGGUACAAUGGCUGCACUCACCCUUGAAAGUCUGAUGCUGGUGGUGUUCAUUCAGUGUUUCAUUAAUUGGGAUAAAGAAGUCAUCAAGGCUCAGAAAAGAGCUGCAGUGCUGCCAGACUCAAUUGAUGGUCACAAGUGUGAAGGAGAAAUGCCAUUGGAGUCAAUGGGAAACACUGUCAAUGAAGAAGCAGUGAAGUUACCAACCACAAGAGACGAGGACGAGCGAAACUCUAUCAAAGGUGAAGAAUUUAAAGUCUGCCAGAAUGAUCGCCAUAGCGACGGAGAGAGCAACUCUCAGGAUGAUAGUGAAGGAAAGCAGUCUGGCUUCCAUCAACUGGAACAUGAAAACACACAGGAUGCUGCUGAUAAUGCUGAACGCGAAGAGGAAGAAACCAGACCCAAGUGCAGUUCAGACGACGAGAAACAAAACGAAGCGAGACCGGCAGAAGAAGAACCAGAGAAAGGUGUCCUGACGCUAGGCAGAUUAUCAUUCGCCCAGCUCAUUUUGCGCCGAGGUCUGGCCCUUUUGCUUUGCGUUUCCUUCCUCCUGGCUUCAACUUAUGUCACCGUUUACGUUGUUCCCGCCGUCCGACCUACCUUCUCAGAAUCAAUGCAUGCAACAGCGAACUACACAUCAGAGUACAUCACUGAGAGUUUUAAUAAUGGCACAUACAUUGUUGGGAGUCUGGGAACUAGUGCCUUGCCUGUUGAUUUAACAGAAUUGUAGCUGGUUAGUUUAGCAAACCCUGCUCUUGUCAGUUUUAGGAGGAUAGCCUUUCUUAUCGUUUCAGUUUGCGGUAACACCAUUUGGUAAUAACUAAUGCUUAGAAGAUAUUUAGUUCUGAAAAGAACUUGUCCUGCUUAUUAUCAACUUUCGCUAAGUAGUUUUUGUUCUGAUAAGAACAGUCCUGCUUUAAGUUCUAAAAGAACUUGUCUUUGGUCUCAACGUUUCGACUAGCCUGUUCUAGUCAUCGUCAGGAGACUCCAUCUCCAACUCUCAGUUAUUACCACAUUACCGCAAACCGAAACAAUACCGAUACUCAACCAUGCAAAGCCUCAAAUCUUAUAUAGCCUUUCUUUGUUUUAAUCUAAAACAAAACCCACUAUUCAUACGGCCCCCGGUUAUUGUACACAACCGGCCAUUGUACACAACCAAAACAAUACAUGGAACAUUUUGUAAGUACAGUGAAAAGAAUCAUACAAAUAUUGUACAAAUGGACUCCCAAAAGUCAGUAUUUGUGGUGUUUGACUUUAUUUUAAACUUUGUAAACUGGUGGGUUUUUUUUGCUGGUUUUUUUUUCGGCCAAAAAAUAUUUCGCCGUCAAGUGGUUAAGUGAAAAAAAUAUUGAUGUUAAAACUUGGUAAGGUUUACUUGUAAUACAUUGCUGUGGUUCAACCAGGUUUUGUAGCAAAUUCAAAAAGUUGGGGGGGGAGGAUUAGACCUCAAAUGACAAUAAGAACGUCCUUAUUUCUCCUUCUGUCUACCUUUUUUUCCAUUACUAUAAAAACUUGUCUUUUUUUAGGGGAGGAGUCAUGCCUACGUGAUGUAAACUGCCAUUAUGAAACUAUAUGCGCUUGCUUGCAGCUGGAGUCAAGUUUUUUAAUGAGUUAAUUUGUAGAUUUUUACCAUUUGCAAAUAUUAUAGAGGCUAUAUGUGUAUGAUGAUAGUACACAUUAACAGUAUUAAUACAACUACUAAAACUUACAACAUUAUGUGUUCAAUUUGAAAGAACUUCAAAGAAUCGAUACAAAAAGAGUGUCAUAAUUUACUGCAUUUCAUCAGAUCUUGAACGCGUGGUUCCAAACCAUCCUUGUAGAUUAAUACUGAAAUUGUAAAGAUUCCCAUGAAAUAUUUUGUGUUUAAAAGAAUUCUUAAAAUGCACUUUUGUGUUCCAUUCACCUUUUCUUAAAAUAAAAGUAUUGCAAUUCUAA